AAACGACUGGAUUUACCACUAGGGUUCGGCGAUGGGUUAACAGAUGGAACAUACUGGGAAUGGAUUGACGAAAAGGCGAAACGCAUAUUUCUCAUUCUUGUAGACCUAGGUGUACCGGAUCAGAUCUUCGGACUUAUCGAUGAUAGCUGGGAUGAUGAUGACCUUCCGAUACCCCCAGGUGAGAUCGAACGGCUGGCGCUUACACCCACCCGGGAUGACAAACUCGAGAAGAGAUUUUAUUUCCGGCAAUUCCACUAUCUACUCAAAUUCGUCGAAAAAGGCGAAUAUGUAGUAUACCAAGGUCCCGAGGUCGUCCCACUGAACGUGGACAAACGACCCGGACUGAAUCUCAACAGCGUCGUGGAUAGAGUUGAGUUACCGAACAGACCUGGAGAGGCUUUCUCGCGGCGUCGCAUCCCGAUUGGAAAUGGACCUGGCAUGUUGACGGAAGAUGAGUUCCUCUACGAGAUCCAUAAAGGCAAGAAUUUUGAGAAUGAUCAUCUCGUGUCUUACUUCGGGUCGUAUGCUCACCAGGGGUUCGUUUAUGUUCUCUUCACACACCCAAGCGACUAUAGCCUCAAGUCCUUGUUAGUGAACAUGCCUAGCUCAUUGAAAUCAUUAGCAAAGCAAGACCGGCGGCGCCUCCUCAUGAACUGGAUACACUGCCUUGUGGAUUCGCUCUGCUAUCUCCACAGCCACGGAUUAUCACAUGGAAACAUCAAACCAUCAACCAUUCUAUUCAACUCCGAAAAUCAAAUAUUCUACACAGAUAUAAGCCGUCUAAGCAUAGACGCAAUAUCCAAUAACUCAGACCGCCCAACCUUCGACAAAGAAUCCUACGACUACGCCGCCCCUGAACAAUGGUACCGCCCAUCACCCACGCACUCUCAUUCCGGGCUCCACCGGAAAAGCACACUCAUCGCCUCCUCAGUAUCAGCCUCCACAUCCUCAGAUAACUCCUCAUUUUCUAUCAACCGCGGAACAUCCGAAAGCAGCACAUCACCCUCUUCUCUCCUACACUCCCCCACACCCUCUCUCAACCCUCUCGCCGUCGACAUAUUCUCCCUCGGAUGCAUAAUCCUCGAACUCAUGUCCCUCCUCUUAAAACGCCAAACCCGCAACUUCGCCUCGCACCGCGCAGCCAAGCAUAAGCAGGCGGGCCGAGGCGGCGCAGUCCUAGACUCCUCAUUCCACAAAAACAUUGGACAAGUCGAAUCCUGGAUGACGGGCUUAGCCAAGGAAGCCGCGGCCAAGAACAAAAAACACCGCGGCGAGGAUCCGAUAUUCCGCGGUGUGGCCCCGACGCUACAGCUCGUGGCUCGUAUGAUGUCGGUUGUGCCCCAGGAACGGCCUACGGCCAGAGAAGUCGAGCAGCGCGUAUACCGCAUCCUAACCGAGGAAUGCGGGAUCGCGGAACCGCAUUGCGUGCACCAGUACGAAGGCUUCGAUUUCGGGCUCGGCGGUCUGCAUAUUAGUCGCGGGGACGGAUUUAAUAUCGCGACGACGCCGAGGCGGUAUAGUGGGUCUGUUAGACCCGGUUCGUCAUCAAAGUUGGCGGCUUAUCGCCCGUUGAGUAGUAGCUCGAUCCAAGAGCGGGAUAUGGCGGGCGCGAGUGGGAGUGCGACGGGGAGUAGCUCGCAGGCGCAGCGAAAUGCUGGGAUGAAUAGGGUGCGCACUUGGCAGGCUCAUAUGUACGCCGCAGAUGGUGGGGGUAACCUCUCUCGUACUAGUUCGAUGUAGAGGGAAGAAUGAUUAACUGACAUUAUGGCGUAUGAUGGUAGAAACGACGAGUUUUGGGUAAUCCUUUGGGGCAUGAGGUCAGGAGGAACGGUUGGGAGGGUUGAUUGGAAGCGGCACAUACACGUAUAGGGAGUUGGGGUUUUUUGAUAUGGGGAAAAUGAAAAGAAUCAUCUUGGUGGCACUUGUGUCUAUACUCUCGUUUAGGGAGAUGGAGGAGGUUUCUCUUGGACUAACACGUAACUUACCUAACUACCUAGGUAGUUAUGUGUAUAUCUUUUAUCGUGAGUAACUGGGUGGAAAUUUGGUCAGUUGGAGGAUGGUUGAAUGUGAGAUGAAUAUUGUGAAAGCAUAACCUACCUAGGUACAUUAUCACAACUUAGUCGUAUAAUGACGAUAUUGAGCCAACGAAUCCAAAUACCUGGCAUGUAGGAAGGUUAAGAGCGAUUCCUAACAUAUAGUGAUAAUUGGCACAUAAUACUGCUACUUAGAGGUAUAGUAGGUGUCGUAUAUAUUCUGGGUAUCUCUUAACAAGGCUACAAGUACUAUUCUUUGAUUAUCGUUAUCUCUUUAGCAAUACUACUCCCAUUUCAAAGCAAUACAAGGUAUCUGGGGUUAUCCUUCGAGCCAAUGGACUGGGCACUGAUGUGUGCUUG